AAUGUAUGAUUGGUGAUGAGAGCAUGCUGAUGUGGCAUUCGGCUGAGGUGGCACUUCAUUACGUUAUAAUGUUUGCCUAACUCAUGAGCGGAUCAGACGUCGAUGAGGAGAGAGUUGACGAUGCCAGACUCACACGUGCUAGAUCACUUAGGAUCCCGCACGUGUUCCAGGCCUUAGAACCAGGAGAAGAAGGACGGCUUCGUGCCGAACGCAGAGCCCGUGCACUAGCAGCAGCUAGGGAAACAGCGAACGCCGCAGCUAGGGAACAGGCUGCAGCAGCAGCUAGGGCAGCAGCCAUGAGUAGCUCAGCAGCAUCCUCUGCGGCUUUGUCUGGGACCAAUGGGACCCAGUUGGGAAUGCCAACAAGGUCCACGGGUACUUUCAGUUCCUUAGGUUCUCGUCAGUCUACAAGUCAAAUGGCGGGCUCGCAGUUCAGCCCGUUGACUCCUCGCGAAAGGGAGCUCAGGAAGCUCCAACAGGUCGAAAGGAUUCGUGAAAGAUUAGAGAGGGAACUGAAACAAGCUACCGAUAGAGAAAGAGAAAUUAAAAAUAGAACAGUCAGGCUUGAUACAUUAGAGGCUGACAAAGCUGAGUCAGAGGGCUUGGAUGACUCUGGAAUGAAUGAGCCCAUGAAAGUGUUGAGGAACAACAUGUUGUCGCUGAUUGCGCACGUGGACAGCAGGUUGGACUUCAUGCAGAACACUUUGGACCAGAUCCUGGACGUUUUGACCAGGCCAGGAUUUACGCCACCAUCACAAUCGCCGUUGCCGUUAUCGGCCAUGUCAGGCCCCUUUCCAGUUCAAGCUGGUACACAACCAAGUGGUACGUCUGCAGCAGUCGCACAGACUGUUGCAUCUUCUUCUUCGGGUCCAGCGGUGGUAGCUACACCACCGCAACAACCUGUUCAACAAUCUGGACAGCCGCAGGGUCAAUGGUAUCCUAAGACCCCAAUGAAACCGCCUCUUGCCUUCUCAGGCGAGAGAAAGGACGAAGAGCUCAACACUUGGUUGAGGUCAGUUCCGGUUUGGGUAAAGGCCAAGAGGACCUUGCAGGAGGACGAAGUGGUUACCGCUGCAUCCUACCUCGAAGGAACAUUCCAACACACUAUGAAUCGGAUCUUCCAUGACCAUUUAGAUAAGUUUGUCGUGGUCUACUUAGACGACAUUAUGAUCUUUAGUAAGUCUACCGACGAGCACGCACAACAUGUUGAGAAGGUACUCUCACUCCUGCGACAGCACAAGUAUCAGGUCAACUUAGAGAAGUGCGAGUUUGGCCGCACUAAGAUACUAUACUUAGGUCAUGAAGUAUCCGCGGAGUGGAUAAGGCCGGAAGAUGCGAAGGUGGCUAGUAUUCGAGACUGGCCACGACCUCGGACAGUCACUGAGGUCAGAUCAUUCUUAGGAAUGUGCGGCUACUAUAGAAACUUCGUAAAGAACUAUUCUACAGUCGCCUCUCCUUUGACUGAUCUAACUCGACUUGACACACCGUGGGACUGGAGUGAUGAGUGCGAGGGUGCUUUCAAGAGAUUGAAGCAUGCACUCAUGAAUCAUGAGGUCCUCAUGGUUCCCGAUCCUCAGAAGCCAUUCAUAGUGACCAUUGACGCAAGCCAAUACGACAUUGGCGCAGUGCUGGCUCAGCACGAUGGGAAAAAGUUGAGACCGAUUGAGUACAUGAGACAGAGUGUCUCCAUGAAUUUCAUGGACACCCUGGUGACUAGUAAGAGUGGCAAGAGGCACAGCUUCGUCAUCAUCGACCAAUUCACCAAGUACGCUAGACUAGUGGCUAUGCCAGAAACCGCAAGAACUGACUACGUCAUCACGUUGUUCAAAGACAACUGGUUGCCUCUCAUCGCCAGCCUGUACAACAAUGCUAUCCAUAGCAGUACCGGCGUUAGUCCUAAUCAGCUGCACUUGGGAUGGAAGCCUAGAUCAGCACUAGACUUCCUCCUACCCGAAAACCGACCCGCUGCAACUCCAGGCACACUAGAGUAUGGUGUGCAGUAUGAUAAGUUGUUGCAAGAGGUUGUCGAGCAUAUGGAGAAAGUUCAGCAAGCAAUGAUUGCUUCUGAGAAUCAACAUCGUAGACAGUCCACAUUUCAGGUAGGGGAACGAGUCUGGGUCAAGGCUAGUGAGUUAGGACAGGAGUUCGAAAUCUCUCGCAAACUAAUGCCUCAGUACUUUGGUCCCUGGGAAGUCCUGGAUAUAGUGCGAGAUGCGAUGGAUGGUCCCACAUAUGUCAUUCGUGUCCCUGGACACCUAUGCACUCACCUUGUCUUUCAUGCCUCAAAGCUUGCACCUUUCGCUGAGACAGAUCAAUUCCCUUCCAGGAGAUCGAUGCUGCCCCCAACCAUGGAUGGUCAAGUCGACAUCGACGACAUUGUGGAUCACAGGGAUAUGCCUGUUCCGAAGCCGCUGGGUCGAGGAAGACCUCCUAGACCCAAGAGAGAGUACCGCAUCAGAUUCAGGCAUCAUAUGGAUCCAAAAGAAGAUCGGUGGUUUACCAGGGAGGAACUGAUUGAGACAGCUCCUCAGGUAGUGGCAGAAUAUGAGAGGCUACUGAAAGGGAAGGCACCUGUGAACUCCCCAAAGUACGAGCAGAUCUCGGCCAAUGCCGUACGCUUCAAGCACCAGCAUAUCCUAACUGAGGAGCAAGUCCUCGUGGCCUUCCAGGCCCUCAAGGACGAAGCAGCUAGUUUUGCUAGGUCUCUUGCGCGUACAGCCGGUUGUGAAAACAACCUGGUUGCAUAUUCCAAGGUCACCCCUCUUUCCCAAUUCCUCAAGCUCCUUAAGGAGCGUUUCGCUGACCCAACGCGAGGCAUUAGAGUCUCUGACAAGCUGCAAACGAUCCUCUCACGACAUUGGAGGAGUGCCAAGGCACUCAAGAGUACCAUGGACGACUUGGUAGCCGUCCCGGACCAUGGGGUCACUGAGCCCCAGUUGGUCCAGUUGUUUUAUCAUGCCAUUCCAGAGGCCCUACGUGGGCAUUUCUUUGACAAGGUUCAGCAGGCCGGCAUCGCUUACGAUGCAUUGAGUAGAGAAGUCGUCCUGUAUGAGUCGAAGUCUAUGCCAGUCACCACUUUCUGGCAUAAGGACCUGGAGAAGGGGAAGAAGUGGAAGGAUCGUACCAUCUCGGGCCAAGUCAAGGCCAAGGAUCACUUGAUCCUGACAUUAGAGGAGGGUGGUACAAAAGAGGUCCCAUAUGAUCAGAUCGAGUGGGGCCUAGGGGAGGAGUACAGUAGUGUAGGGCAGGGGAGGUCUUACGCUGCUGUCGCGGCCGGAGGGAGGCCGCAAGGUAGAGGAGGAGGCCAGGGCUGAAGGGGCCAGGCCAUGGGAGGCCGAGGACCGGGCGCACAGGGGGUUGGCAGACAGGGAAACCGCCAAGCGGGAGGUAGGGGUCAAGGUCCCCCGUUAAAUCG